AUGGAGAGCCAGGUUAAAUCCCACUGGAUGCAGAGAAAUGGCCACCAUUUUCAUAUCGGUCUGGUUUUAAAUCCUGUUGCCAACAGCUUGGCAUAUAGAAGUUCAUUCCAAGUGUCGGGCACUCCAGGUAGACACCAAUGGCUGCAGUCUUGUGGGGCAGUGAUUGAAGUACCUGAAUACAAUCUCACCGUCGAAUACUAUAGAAUGCCUUAUUUAGUCGUCAUUGAUCGCCCACCAGAAAAUUCGUCCAAGGAAGUUACCGGUGUGGUUAGGGUCGAUAAACUGCAUUGGUUCUCCACUAAAUGGGUUGGAGCGAAUGUUUUUGUAUUCAGCGCUGGUCAUUGGUGGAAUCAAGACAAAACGGUCAAGAGGGGACAUUUUUUCCAGGAAGGAAAAAGUGUGAACAUGACCAUGGAUGUAAUGGAAGCCUUUCGAAGAUCUCUAAACACGUUGAAGUCGUGGUUGAUGCAAAAUUUAGAGCCCGAAAAGAGCCUUAUCUUCUUCCGCAGUUAUUCGCCAGUACAUUACAGGGAUGGAGAAUGGAAUGAAGGUGGUCAUUGUAAUUUGAAUAUAGAACCAGAAUCAGACUACAAAAGGCUGAACUCAGAACCAAGAAACAAUAUACUUAUUUACGAAGUAGUCAAACAAAUGAAAAGUGCAAAGAGAAAUGUUCACUUCUUGAACGUAACGUAUUUAACUGAAUAUAGGAAAGAUGGUCACCCAUCAAGCCACCGCGAACCAGGUACUUCAAUCACUGCCCCACAAGACUGCAGCCAUUGGUGUCUACCUGGAGUGCCCGACACUUGGAAUGAACUUCUAUAUGCCAAGCUUUUGGCAACAGGAUUUAAAACCAGACCGAUAUGA